GAGAGAGGCAGAAAUAAUCCUUAGGACAACGUUACCCUCUUGAAGACCAAAUCAUGGAUGAAGAACCAGAAAAGACAAAGCGCUGGGAAGGCGGCUAUGAAAGAACCUGGGAAGUUCUCAAAGAAGAUGAAUCUGGAUCUCUGAAAGCCACGAUUGAUGAAAUUCUUUUUAAAGACAAAAGAAAAAGGAUCUUUGAAAAUCGUGGUCAAGUUCGACUUGGAAUGAUGCGGCAUCUUUAUGUGAUAGUCGACAGUUCAAGAACAAUGGAAGACCAAGAUCUGAAACCUAAUAGACUCACAUGCACUUUAAAGCUUUUGGAAUUUUUUGUGGAAGAAUACUUUGAUCAAAAUCCUAUCAGUCAGAUUGGCCUAAUUGUUACUAGGAACAAGCGAGCGGAAAAACUCACUGAACUUGCUGGCAAUCCUAGGCAACAUAUAAAUGCAAUGAAGAAAGCUGUGGACAUGACUUGCAGUGGGGAGCCGUCUCUGUACAACUCGCUGAAUCUCGCUCUGCAGACUCUGAAACACAUGCCUGGACAUACCAGCCGUGAGAUCUUAGUGAUUUUUAGCAGCCUGACUACUUGUGACCCAACAAACAUCUAUGACAUGAUAAAGUGUUUGAAAGCCAGCAAAGUUCGAGUAUCUGUGAUAGGGCUGUCUGCCGAGGUUCGGGUGUGUACUGUACUUACACGAGAAACUGGAGGAGUCUAUCAUGUAAUUCUGGAUGAAAGCCACUACAAGGAACUCCUGAUGCACCAUGUGAUCCCUCCACCAGCAAGCAGCUCUUCUGAAUGUUCACUUAUACGCAUGGGUUUUCCACAGCAUACAAUGGGUUGUCUCUCCGAUCAGGAUGCAAAGCCAUCUUUUAGUAUGGCUCAUUUGGAUAAUACCAGCGAGCCAGGCCUGACAUUAGGUGGCUACUUCUGUCCUCAGUGUAAAGCAAAGUACUCUGAACUUCCUGUAGAAUGCAAAGUCUGUCGUCUCACGCUGGUGUCUGCUCCACACUUGGCGCGUUCAUACCACCAUUUGUUUCCUCUGGAUGCUUUUAAAGAAAUCAGACUUGAAGAAUAUGACGGAGAAAGGUAUUGCCGUGGGUGUGAUGGAGAGCUUAAAGACCAGCAGGUUUAUGUCUGCACCGUCUGUCAGUGUGUCUUCUGCAUAGAAUGUGACCUUUUUGUUCACGAGUCUUUACAUUGUUGUCCAGGCUGUAUACACAAUCAGCCCACCCCAGCACCAGUGUGAAGCCUUCUCUAUAAGGAAUGCUACGGACUACGGCCACACCAUCUAACAGGGGACUUGUAACAUAAACAUAAGGUGCCAUAUACAAGACUUAGGGACUGAUUCAGCAGUUUUAUUGGCCAUGUAUAGGAACAGCCAACGGGCCCACGCAACUUUUAUCUGGCUGGAAAUAAGGCAGAGAUCAAUCGAGCAGUUUUGUUUUUCCACAGGAUCGAGGAAUGUACCUGUGCAUUGAUGCCGUAUUUAAUCCAAUGUGACCAAACGAUUGGAUCAGCCUGAUAUUGUCCAAUUCAAGUCAGGCAUAUUGGUGACAGAUCCAUUCAUUUGACAAGAUUGCCAAGCAGACCAUUAAUGUAUGGCCAGCUUUAAAUGAGAACUAAAGCUUAACUAAAGAAGUAUCUAGAAAUGUUGUACAUUAUGUUUUGUGCUUCUGUACCAGCCCAAGGCAACCACAGCCCUUUAGCAGUAAAGAUCUGUGUCUCCAAAGAUGCCCCAGUAGCUCCCCAUCUUCUUUUCUGCUGAUUCACUGCACAUGCUCUGUGCUGCUGUCACUUACUGAGCUUAGGGACCCACUCACAAUAUACAGUACACAUAGAAUAGAAAUGUCACAAUAUAAGGCUGAUUAGUAAUUAAUACAGAUAAUUACUACAUGGCAACACAGAAACCAGUGCAAUUAGCAUCAGAAUUUAAUAAUCAGCCUUAUAAUAAUAAUCCUUUAUUGCAGAUGAACCUAAUUUUCUGCUGGAUAAUUAGUGACGACCCCAAAGCUUAGCUACUCAACAGCCACUCAGAGCCCACUGAGCAUGUGAGUGUCACAGACACUUUCCAAGACGGUGACCCCCUGUGACAAGUUUGAAGUCCUGGAUCAUUGCUGCUAUUGAGAAGCUGGAACUUUAGGCUGGUGCAGUAAGUUUAUUAUAUAUAAUAUGGCAUUUUUAGCUAUAUUCAUUUUUAGGGUUUAGUUCUCCUUUAAAUUAGUUUAUACAUGUUUACUAUUGCUAUUUAAAAAUAGAAAUGUUUUCUAUAUUCAGCUAGGCUCUUAUUCGGAAUUAUUUUUCCACUGUUGGGUUUCUGUACAGGUACAGAAAUAGAUUCUAAAUUCCAAUUCAACUCUAACAUUUUUGUUUUUUUAUAUCUAAUUUACUCGCGGUGUAUUCAUAUAUAAUACACAACAGCUAUGAAUAUCUUGUAAAUUAUAUCCUUAUAAACGGUGAGUUCUGAUGUCAUCAGUUAUAAACGGUGAGUAGUGAUGUCAUUUCUGUCACAUGACUCACUGAAAUUUGUGUAUUAUAAUAAAUAAAGUACCCCCAGUUGCAAAAUAUGAGGGUAUUAGAAGUUGCCUCGGAGUUCCAUGACCUGUAUAAAAACACUCGGCCUUCGGCCUCGUGUUUUUAUAUGGUCAUGAAACUCCUCGGUAACUUAUAAUAUCCUUAUAUUUUACAAGGGGGGUACUUUAUUCACUAUAUCUCAUUCAGUUUGAUGAUGGAUGGCAUUAAAUGGAUGAUUGUUCUACACAGGGGAAACUAAGACUUCCAUUGCUGAAGGAGCUUUUAAACAUCUUCAUAUUUACAACACAUUCUAAAAGCUUCAAGUCAUGUUUACAUGUUUUCAAUACAACCCAGUGGAAUAUUGUUAAUUUGUUUUUUGGAAAUGAUGUGCUAUUUUUACAUUUUAUAUAAUGAAAAGUUGUAUUACUGGAUUAAACACAUGAAUAAAAUAAUUCUAAUAUCC